ACUACUACUACUAGUCCUACUAGUCCUACUACUACUAGUCCUACUACUACUACUACUACUAGUCCUACUACUACUACUACUACUAGUCCUACUAGUCCUACUACUACUAGUCCUACUAGUCCUACUACUACUACUAGUCCUACUACUACUACUAGUCCUACUACUACUACUACUACUACUAGUUCUACUACUACUAUUAGUCCUACUACUACUACUAGACCUACUACUACUACUAGUCCUACUACUACUACUAGUCCUACUACUACUCAUCCUACUACUACUACUACUACUAGUCCUACUCCUACUCAUUAUACUACUACUACUACUAGUCCUACUACUACUAGUCCUACUACUAGUCCUACUACUACUAGUCCUACUAGUCCUACUAGACCUACUACUACUACUAGUCCUACUACUAGUCCUACUACUACUCAUCCUACUACUACUACUGCUAGUCCUACUACUACUCAUACUACUACUACUACUAGUCCUACUACUACUACUAGUCCUACUACUACUACUAGUCCUACUACUAUUACUACUACUAGUCCUACUACUACUACUACUACUACUGCUACUACUACUACUAAUAUUAGUCCUACUACUACUACUACUACUACUACUAAUAUUAGUCCUACUACUACUACUACUACUACUACUAAUAUUAGUCCUACUACUACUACUACUACUAAUAUUAGUCCUACUACUACUACUAGUACUAUUACUACUACUAAUAUUAGUCCUACUACUACUACUACUACUACUAUUACUAUUAGUCCUACUACUACUACUAAUAUUAGUCCUACUACUGCUGCUACUACUACUACUAGUCCUAUUUCUAGUACUAAUAUUAGUCCUACUACUACUACUACUAAUAUUAGUCCUACUACUACUACUACUACUAAUAUUCGUCCUACUACUACUACUACUAUUACUACUACUAAUAUUAGUCCUACUACUACUACUACUAAUAUUAGUCCUACUACUACUAAUACUAGUCCUACUACUAUUACUACUACUACUAUUAUUACUACUAAUAUUAGUACUACUACUACUACUACUAAUAAUAAUAAUAAUAAUAUUAGUCCUACUACUACUACUAAUAUUAGUCCUACUACUACUACUACUGCUACUACUACUACUACUACUACUACUACUACUAAUAUUAGUCCUACUACUGCUACUACUAGUACUACUACUACUAAUAAUAAUAUUAGUCCUACUACUACUACUACUACUACUACUAUUACUACUACUAAUAUUAGUCCCACUACUGCUACUACUACUACUACUAUUACU